AUGUACUACUAUACGAUAUUUCUAGGUGGUACCGCACAUCAUUCCAUGAGCGUCAGCGUGGGUGAUGGCACCUCUCAUCACUCAUUAACAACCAAUCGUCACUUGCAAUGGAAGAAUCAGAAAGUAUUCAUUGACCGGAUAUAUCAGAUAUCCAACAAUUGUCAUCCUGGCAUCGGAUUGGAUCAGGCAGCUGCUGAGCACAUUCAAGAAAUAUUGAUAUGUUUAUUUUUUGAGUUGUUAGAAUGUCAUCCACAGACAAUCGAGAAUAUGGAGCGAAGUAUGCGUACCACUUUGCCGCCAAGCAUGUUCCAUUGGGUUACCCAGUUUCAAAAUACUCCUGAAGCAUUACACAGAAUCCCACGAAAGAAACUUCAUGAUAAACGAAACGCAAAUUCGAGAAGCUUAAUGUCGCUUUUGCAUACAUUGCAACCAAAACUAAAGGAAUUGCUGGGUUACAAACUAGAUGAGGAAGUGAUGCUGUAUUUGCUUUCCGUUAUCGAAUAUAUUGCUGCAGAUAUACUAAAGUGGACUGGGAAUUAUGUAAAAAACAUAAGGAAAUGUGACCCGACUAUUGGUUUGCAGAAUUUGAAAAUUGCACUCAGUGCUGAUACAAGCUUGAUGGAGCUUACAGAAAUGUUAUAUAAUGAGGAGGAAACAUCUACAUCCGGAAUAUUAAAUGAUAAUGUUGAGGAUAUUUUACAGGAAAUGUCAUAUGAAGAGGCAUCACGCGAUUUCAAUCGUGAGGAAGGUCAAUAUCUUCGUGACCUCAACCUCAUCAUUCAUGUAUUCCGGCGUCGUUUUGAGACUGUCUUUGAGAAUUCUGAUGAGCACUACCUUGAUCAAAUGUUCGGCAACAUUUUGGAAUUGCACGAAUUAACAGUGAAGGUCCAGCGAAUGCUGGAAGAUGCAAUUGAAAUGUCGGAUACUCCAUGUGUAGGAGCCGGCUUAUGGGAACUUGCGGAAGCUCAUGAAUUUGAUGUUUAUAUUGCUUAUAUGGAUUUAUUCAAGGAAUCAUUGGCAACUGUAAUAGAAAAAGUGUUAAAUGAUCCUAAAUACGAGCACUUCUUUAUGCAGGAGGACCGAGCGCACAGUAUAACUCCUGGGAGUGAAACAUUUCGACUUGUUGUUAAAUACGUCCUUCCCUCUCUUCUUGAAAUUCCUGUUAUUCAUUUCUUUCGUUAUCUUGACCAUAUAAAUAUUUUGUGUCAUUUGGCGCAACCAGUUGAUGAAAUCGAGGAUUUGAAAAGCACGAAAAGUUACUUUAGCUGUCUUGCCAUGAAAAUGGAAUCGCUGUGCCCUUCAUUUCUGAUCAAUCAUCUGAAAGCAGAACAGAGCGUUCGAGCUUUGCCGGAGUCAAAUUGCUCACGUCAGAGAAGAAGGAUUCAAGAGAUUCAGCGAAGUAUUGAAUUAUGGGAAGGCAAGGAAAUUGGUUACAAAUGUGCAGAAGUUAUUAAAGAAGGUGAUUUGUUAUUAUUGCGAUCUGGACCACUAUCUUCUGCUGACACGUUGAAAAAAAACAGAGGAACAACUGUGCGCCAUACAUUCCUCUUCGACUAUCUUUUGGUGCUGUGUAAAACAUUGCGCUCUUCAAGACCUGAAAAGCCGCUUUAUAAAUUCAAGGAUAAAGUGCUUAUACGUAAAACAGAUAUAUUCGAUCUGAAGGACACUGAAGAACUUCAAAAUGCGUUUAAAAUCGUGUCGCGAUCAAUAACUCAUGACGGAGGGGAUAACAAUUUCUGGAUACUGUUUUGUCGAACGCCGGAAGAGAAAACUAGUUGGAUGUGUGAUCUAGUCAAAAUUCAAGCGAAAAGCUCGUUAGAUCGAAUGUUGGAUGCAUCAUUAAAAGAAGAAGAAAAACGAGUCCCGCUAAUUUUGCCGACACCUGACCAGUAUAGAUUCGCUGAUCAAGAUUGCGAUGAAAAUAUUGUGUUUGAAGAUUAUACAUCGAGCAGUGGUAUACCAGUUGUUAAACAUGGGACUGUUUUAAAACUUGUCGAACGCUUAACUUAUCAUUUAUACACGGAUUAUAAUUACGUGAGGACUUUCCUGACCACUUAUCACUCAUUUUGCACCUCCUCAGAAUUUUUGCAGUUGCUCAUCGAACGUUUUCAAGUACCUACUCCGUUACAGCUCCAAGUAGCUGAAACGAAUAACAUAUCUAACUUGGAAUCACGAGAACUUUUAAACGGCCCUUAUGCUACAGUACAUUCGCAGGGUCUAAGGACCCAAGUUUCUCCGACAUUAUUAAAUAGAAUUGAACGAAGUUAUCAACGAUUUCGCAAAGAAUACCAGCAGCCAAUACAAUGCAGAGUACUGAGUGUGAUUCGACAGUGGGUCAACAAUUAUUGGUAUGAUUUCGAACAUAAUCCGGUUCUUUUGCAAGAUUUAUGUUCGUUCUUGGAAGAAACUGACUCUCAUGGAAAAGUUAUCAAUCAAUACAAGAAGUGGUGCAAAACUGAUAUGAUACCAUCGAUGAUACAUAAUGGUUUGGAAAGCGUGUCUUCUCUAUCGACAAACACAUCGUAUGGUCCACAGAAACCGAAGAUUUUGUGGCAUAUUGCUGAGAAAGGAGCCAUUGAAACGUACGAUCUCCUAUCACUCCAUCCAAUUGAAAUCGGUCGACAGAUAACUCUGUUGCAGUUUGAUCUAUACAAAGCUAUUAAACCAAUUGAAUUGGUUGGUUCAGCAUGGACAAAGAGAGAUAAGGAUCUUAGAAGUCCACAGCUGCUGAAACUUAUCGACCAUAGCACUAUGUUGACCUAUUGGGUUGCUCGCUCCAUUGUGGAAACUGCUUCACUGGAUGAACGGGUGUAUAUGUUCUCACGAGUGCUAGAAAUAAUGUCUGUUUUCGAAGAACUCAACAAUUUCACUGGACUUGUUGCUUUAUAUUCUGCUUUGAAUAGUAGUUCUGUAUAUCGACUUAAGGCGUGCUGGGAGAGAACCGAUCGCGAAAAACAAGUGUGGUAUGAGAAAUUCAAAAAACUUUGCAAUCCGCAUUGGAAGGAAAUGAUUGAACGAUUGAAAAGUAUCAAUCCGCCUUGUGUCCCCUUUUUUGGUCAUUAUCUUUCCAAAAUCUUUUUUUAUGAAGAAGGAAACAGCACAUUUGUGCAGAGCGAAGAUCUUACUCAUGAACAGAUUAGUGCCGAAGGUAACGCAUCAGUUGUGGGUGCAACAGGUCGUAAAGUGAUGGUGUCGUUUGUGAAAUGUCGUCGGAUAGCAUCAAUUAUUAGUGAUAUCCAGAUGUAUCAGAACGAACCAUAUGCUUUGGAAGUAGAGCCAAGCGUAAGGGUGUCAGUCACUGCCGACGUGGAUUUGGCCAAAUCAAAUGGAUCAGCAGCAGUUGUAUCAGUAGGAAGCGCCCUUUGA